UCAUGGGAAAGCGCGAUGUUCAAAAUCCACUUCCUGUUGUUAUUUUCUUUUCAGUCAUGGAGGAACGGAACAGCAUUGUAAAGACCCCACUCAACAAUGUCUUGGCACAACGAAGGAGUAAGAGUUACAGGAGAUCCAUGCAAAGCUGUGUUGAAGCAACUAAUCUUGAGUACACAUCAGGCCAUCUGACAGCUCUAAGAACACCAAGAAGUAGAAGAACUCCAAAAUCACGUGAUAUCACAAAACAGGUUGACCCAGAUCAAGUGGCACUCCUGGUGACGAAGGAAUGGCAGCUGUCGUACGUCACACCUUUGUACCAUUUCAGACACACUCAGUUGAAAUACUACUCAAAGCAGCUAUCAGCUUUCAUUGUAUCAGAGAAGCAACAGGGCCUGGCGAUUGAAGUUGGCCAGGAAUUGGGCUUCAAGGUCAAUUUUUCGGUGGUCCUGGGGUUGGCAGAGAUGGAUGAAGAUGCGGAGACGGUUUUCAUACAGAUUCUCUCCAAACAAGCGUUCGCUGCAAAAGAUGACGCUCAGAAGGUUGUGUGGAGUGGCUGGCUGACCUGCGUCAACGGUGACUUGGAAUAUCUCCGAUCACUACCAUCGGAAUUUGUCAGUUUGCCUUUGCUCUGUACCAGGGGACCAGAGUCUCUCACAGUGUUGAUCAAAUCCUGGUUUGAAAAGACAUUUGACUGUUGUUUCGGCCCUCUUGGUAUCAACUCUACCAACCUCCAGUGGCUCGCAGCCCUGUGGACUGGGUGCCACCCCACCAUCAACAUCCAGUACCUGAAACUGGUCUGGACUCUCCCAACACUACCCCCUAUGGACGUGAAGUACACCAUCCACCCACAAGAUGCCUGGGAGCUAUGGGACAGCGUGCGGCAGGAUGACAUUACAGAUGUCAGCAUCGAGGAGGUCACCAGGUUCAUCAAAGUGCUGCAGUCACACUUCUUCAGGCACUUCAGGAUAGACUUGUCUGCUGGGUCACUGAUGCAGGUCUCCACGGCUUUGGGUUCUUCUCACCAUAGUGGAAAAAUCAAGAUUGCAAGCCCUACCUACAUCACCACCAUCCUGCAGCUGCUGACAGAAUGUGCCCUCCUGAAGAUGCCCAUCUAAUCAACAUUUGUGCUUGUAAAAGACAUGUAAUCCCCACAAUUACUGUCCAUAUGAAAUUAAACCGUUUUACACUUAUGUUCCUGUAAAUAUCAUAAGUAGCUGUAUUGUAUGAAAGGCAAGUGCAUACAUUUCAAAAUAACCAUUCUUGCUGCUUGUGUUCUCUAUAGAUAUUCACUACAAGCUUAAGUGUAAGGGUGAUAAUUGAUUAUAUAAUCAGGUUUGAGACAUGGUAAAUCCAGUGCCAUCAAGUAACUUGGGCAGAAGUUCUCCUGAAGAUAAUCCAGAUAUACAGUACAGUGAAUCAGGUGGCUAAAUGCAAACUAACAAAGUCUAGUUUUCCAGAGAACUAGCCUUGUAAUCCCUGUGCAGUAAUUUCCUAAAUGGUUAACAGAACCUGUAAAUACUUUUCAAAUACAGAUUGUUUUUGAGCUUAUUAAAGUUGGAAAUAAAAAAGGUUUUUAUUAACA